AGCCGGGCUCCCUCGGUGCUAGAGGGAGGCGCAGGCCCGAGUCAGGGGCCUCGAGAUCGGGCUUGGGCCCAGAGCAUGUUCCAGAUCUCAGAGUUUGAGCAGAGUGAGCAGGAAGACUCCAGCCCUGCAGAUAGGGGCCUGGGCCCCAGCCCCACAGGGGACCAGCACCCAGGCCCCAGCAAGCACUGGAGUACGGUCCCAGGCCUCCUGGGGGAAGCUGGUCACCAGCAAGGCCAGCCGGCCAGCAGCAGCCACCAUGGAGGCGCUGGGUCUGCGGAGUCCCGGAGUCGCCACAGCUCGUACCCCACGGGGAGCGAGGAGGAUGACGGGAACGAGGAGGAGCUCAGCCCCUUCCGCGGCCGCUCGCGUUCAGCGCCCCCCAACCUCUGGGCUGCACAGCGCUAUGGCCGUGAGCUCCGGAGGAUGAGCGAUGAAUUCCAGGGUUCCUUUAAGGGACUUCCUCGCCCAAAGAGCGCGAGCACAACAACGCAGAUGCGGCAAAACUCCAGCUGGACGCGCUUCUUCCAGUCCUGGUGGGAUCGAAACCUGGGGAGAGGAGGCCCCACCUCCUCCCAGUGACCUUCCUUCCCGCACCAGAAGCUCCCCAGCGCGCGCCGCCAGCAGCGGCCAUCUUGGGUGUGGGCGGAAGUCGCUUCCGCAGGCCUACGCCGAGAACCAGUCUCCAUUUCGGAGGAGGAGUUCUGACCCAGAGGCGGAUUUCCUUCCGGUGUGUGGGGGACCCCCGAGGGUUCCGUCUCGUCGGAAGUUUUGAGGUUUUUCCGCCCCGGGCCGCUGGAAGUGGGUUGCCCCAGGCGCCUGCGCCAAGUCGCUAGUCGGCAUAACAAACCUCACCAGGACUCUCCUCCGCGGUGACCCUGCGGGCUGACGCUCGCCAUGAAAUGUGCUAAUAAAGCCCACAUCUGUGCC